AAAACCGGCAAUAUAUAUAUCAUGACAGCAGCACCGCUCGUCCCUGACGCGAUUUGUCCCCCCAGUUUUCUAUGUCCCUCUUCCAAGUCUGCGUGGUCGGAACAUGCUCUCUCGCUGUCUUCAAGGGCCUCCAAUUACUACUGCGAAAAUCUCAUAGUUUUGAUCUCGACGGGCCCGACAAGGGUCAUUGGUUGCUAGGCAACGUUACCAAACUAUUCGAAGGUGGUAUCGAAUAUUGCGUCGAUAUUGUAGACAGAUAUGGUGGGGCAGUGAGACUUCAUGGGCCAUACGGUGAACUUGUCUAUCUUGCCGACCCACGCGCACUAUAUCACAUGGUCGUCAAGGACCAGCAGAUGUUUGAAGAGACUGACGAUUUCAUCAUGUCAAACAAACUCAUAUUUGGCAAUGGCCUGGUAGGCACUGUCGGAGAGCAGCAUCGCCGGCAACGCAAACUCCUCAGCCCCCUCUUUUCAACGACAAACAUGCGACGCCUCCUACCCACACUGCACCCAAUUGCUGAAAAACUGGCAUCCACCCUCGUAGCCAAACUCCCCGCUGACGGCUCACAAAAAGAAAUCGACGUUCUUCCAUGGCUCUCUCGCUGCGCGCUCGAUGGCAUUUGUCAAUGCAUCCUUGGGUAUCCCUCUAACAGCCUCUCAGCAGGAGAUGAUGAGGGUGAUGAAUACGUCGAAGCGCUGCGGAACCUGGGGCCCCUGAUCUCAAAUCUCCAGAUGCUACGACGGUUCGUGGUGCUCGUCAAUCGCUACUGCUCGCCAUACUGGGCAACAAAAGUUCUUGAUUUGGUCACAGCACCCUGGCUCCCGACGCAGCUUAUGAGGGACGUGCGGGAGUUGCGCCGCAUCGUGGAGACAAUGGAUAGUGCCAGUCGAAGGGAAUUUGCAGUGAAGAAAGCAGCUGCGGAGGCUGACGAUGAAUUAUGCGAAGACAGUCGUAUGCCACCGUCAAUGAUGGAUAUCAUGCUAAAAGCCAACUCCGUGACAUCCAACACAGACCAGCUAACGGAUGCUGAAUUAUUCGGACAAAUGAACGUCAUGGUAUUUGCUGGCCUCGACACGACUACCGCCGCGCUAGCCCGCUGCAUCUACUUGCUAGCCAUGAACCCCCACAUUCAAGCGAGACUCAGGAGCGAAAUUCGGGAUGCCAUGAAGUCCUCAGAGCAUCAGGACGAGGACGACGCCACCCCAUUCGCUGGACUGUCCUACGAAAUUCUCGACAACCUCCCGUUCCUCGAUGGUGUCGUGAAGGAGACCCUCCGUCUUUACCCCUCCUUCCCAUUCAUGCUGAGGAAAACGACCAAAGCAACCACCCUCCCUGUACACUUCCCCGUGCGCACACGGGCCGGUGUGGAAACGUCCACCAUUACAAUGCCGCAGGGGAGCCAUGCAAUCAUCUCCAUCCUCGCUGCGAACCGCCAUAAAGAGAUAUGGGGUCCUGACGCGAAUGAGUGGAUCCCUGAGCGGUGGCUUGCAGAGGAGCAAGGACGAUCUGCGCCUACCCUAGGUGUCAAGGACGGUGUUCGGUUCCCCGCCGUGUACUCCAACAUGAUGACGUUCCUCAGCGGCAACCGUUCCUGCGUCGGGUUCAAAUUCGCCGAGAUGGAAAUGAAAAAAGUCCUGGCAACUCUCCUCGUACGUCUGCACUUUGCGCUCCCGACGGAUAAAGAAAUCCAGUGGAAGCUCUGGGCGUUCCAUGUCCCUGUUGUCAAGCCCCCCGCUGGCGAUGGCGUGACGCAGCAGGUCCCGUUGAACGUGCGCCUGGCGAGGGAGGAAGAUUUUAAGUGGUAGGUUAUGAUAGAGCAUUGCGUGUGGACAGUGGCUUCUUUCACGACUUUCUAUAACGUCCUCCUAUCUUAUGCGCACGCAUUAGCGUGUAUAGAGCUGUGUUUUGUUACCAUUUCAUGCAGUACAUGGUGGUACUACUUACUGUCUUUUCGAUGCGCUCAUACUACUAUAUUCAGAUAUAGAUGAUGUUUGUUGGUACCACUCCAUGCAACUACAUAGUAGAGCUGUACGAUUCACUGUAAGAGUUCUCAGGUCUUAAAUGACGAUAGCAUGACGCGAGACAAUGAAACAAAAGAACAGACGACACGAUCACGUCGAUGCAAAGAAUUUCAC